GCGCUCCGAGCCCUCGCCCUCCCGCGCUCUCGGGGGCGCGUGCGGCGGAGUCUCGGCCCGGCCCGCCUGCUCCGACGAGCGCCAACGGGCCCGGCUGCGGCCGCUCGCGGGUAUCUAGCGGCGGGCGCGCUGAGGGAGGAGCGGGCCUGCUGCCGCCGCUUCCUCCUGCGCAGGGGCCGGAAGGCAGCGCGGCCCGGCAGCGGGAGAGGGCCGGGCCUCGGCGGUAGUGCCGCCGUUGCGGGUCAGCCACCCAGCCUUCCGCAGUGGGGGCGGGCAGGCCGGGGGAAGGGCCGGGCCCCGCCGCCGCGCUGGGCGAUGGAGUGAGGGAGCGCUGCGCGGCAGCGGGAAGAUGGCCGGUGGCGGCGGCGGCGGCUGCAGAGACAGCUUGUUUCUCGAAGCUUUGGAUAGAUCACAGUCCAAGAGAGAUGGAGGUUUUAAAAGUAAUUGGAGCUUUGAUCAUGCAGAAGAAAGUGAAGGAGAUGCAGAGAAAGACGAGGCAAAUCUGCUCAGUUUAGAUGACAAUGAUGAGUCUUUCAGUCCCAAUGAAGAAAAAAAGUCAAUUCGUUGUCGACCUGGAGCUAUCGGCGGCAGCAGCGAUGCCAUAAAAGCAUACGCAAGGCGAGGCAAAGGUGGAGGUUUCAAACUUCUAAAAGGGAAUGCAAUCGGCCUCAACAUGAUGGGAAAUAGCAAGAAACUGAGUGAAAAUGCUCAGAAUAUAUCUGGUCCUGUAACUGUGGUACAUGGCAGACGUUUUCACCACGCACACGCACAAACAGCCGUAGUAAAAACAGCAGCCCAAAGCAAUCUGGACCGAAAGGAAAGAAAAGAAUACCCACCUCAGCUUCAGAAAGUGGAGGCAGACCACAUUAGGUUUCCACAGUCUCAAGGAGUGGACAGUGUAAUGGAAAGUACAGAUGACUCUGAAUCAGAAUCUGUCAUUAAAAGAAAGGUGCGACAGAAAAGUCAUUGCAAGUCAUAUCAAUCUGACUUGAGUCUAUCUUCUGCUACAAAAAAAUGCUUAACUCAGCCAACGCUUUUGGAACAGAUUGAUUAUUCUACUGAAUGCCCAAACUGUGGGAAGGCAAAUGAAAAUCAGACCAAAUGCCGACAUUGUGAAAGUGCUUCUGUAAAGGAUUUGCAAAGAGUCUCCAGACAAACUGUAACAUUAAGUGAAUCUGUGGGACCUUUAUCACGUUCUUCAAUACAUCAGAAUUCACCAGGGCAAAAAUCUUCAGGUACAGGGUUCAGCACAAAGAAGUUUUAUAGUUCUGCUGUUGGAAAAGGUCCAGCGGAUAUUCUACUGAGUAACGAGGUUGUAGGACAUUCUAUGUUACGACAGAAUGGAAAAAUUGGUCUUAUAACUGGGACAAAAAAUCCUAAAAUUACAGGAAGCUUAAGACAGAGGAGUACAAGACCAUCUGAAUUAAAUGAUCCAAUUGUUUUGUCUAGUGAUGAUGAUGAGGACGAGAAUAGUGGCAGCACUAGGAGCAUGGAGAGCAUUUCACCUCAUCCUGCAGAUUCAGCCUGCUCCUCCCUAUGUCCUUCUGCAGGAAAGGUGGAAGCAGCAUUAAAGGAGAACAGUUGUGGAAUAGAACAGAGAAUAGUUGUUUUGUCUAGUGAUGAUGAUGAGGACGAGAAUAGUGGCAGCACUAGGAGCAUGGAAAGCAUUUCACCUCGUCCUGCAGAUUCAGCCCGCUCCUCCCCAGCUCCUUCUACAGGAAAGGUGGAAGCAGCAUUAAAGGAGAACAGUUGUGGAAUAGAACAGAGAAUAGGUAGUAUAACAACAGAUACAGAAAUUGCAGUCACACUACCAAGAAAAGCAAGAAUGAAAGAUCAGUUUGGGAACAUUGUGUCUAACACUCCAAUAAAACGGCGCAAAGUUAUUUCUCAAGAGAUGGUGACCGAGGCCGUGCCUGUAAAUUACCAAAACUCCUGUGAAAGCGUCAUCCUGAACUGCCGAAGCAUUCGAAUAGGAAUGCUGCGCAGAAUGGUCGUGGAGCCUGUGAUUUUUUGCCUGGAUUAUAUCAAAAUACGCCUCGAGAGUCAAGAAGAAUCAGAAAGUGAUAUCAGAGAGAUUAACCUGAAAACUUCAGAGCUUACUAAAUGUGAAUGGUGCAGUGUCCGAAAAUUGCCAGUAGUUUUCCUACAAACAGUACCUUCAACCUGUAGCAGUCUGAGAGAUCAACUGAAAAUGAGUAAAGAUAAUGUCUGGUACGAAUGCAAAGGAGACAGCCAGGAAGAACAGUACAUAAUUUUAAUUUUUGAAACUGGUCUUGAUCCUCAUGCAAAUUCAAUAUUUGAAAAAAUAAUUAUGGACAUUGGUAUCAGAAAUAACAUUUCUGACUUCUUUGUGAAAAUCUCCUUUGAAGAAGCCAAUGCCAGGCUUGUUGCAUUUACUAAGUGCUUGGAGGACAAUUCCAAAGGAAGCCCAUCUCACAGAGAAAGCAAAAUAAAAAACGUUGCUUCUGAGUCCAAAAUGCAGCAACGAAAUAAACAGUUACCAUUUUUUGAUGAUGAUGAAGAAAUUGGCGAACCACAUACAGUAUUUAUUGGUCCUAUAGAAAAGUUGAUAGUUUAUCCACCUUCUCCAGCUAAAGGUGGUAUUUCUGUGACCAACGAAGACCUCCAUUGUCUAAAUGAAGGAGAAUUUUUAAAUGAUGUUAUUAUUGAUUUUUAUUUAAAGUAUUUGGUACUUGAAAAGCUGAAAAAAGAAGAUGCUGAUAGGAUACAUGUGUUCAGUUCAUUCUUCUAUAAACGCCUUAAUCAAAGAGAAAGAAGAAAUAUUCAUGAAACUUCAAACCUUUCAAUACAGCAGAAGCGACAUGGGCGGGUAAAAACGUGGACACGGCAUGUUGAUAUUUUUGAGAAAGAUUUCAUUUUUGUUCCCCUUAAUGAAGCCGCCCACUGGUUUUUGGCUGUUAUCUGUUUCCCUGGUUUAGAAAAACCCAAAUAUGAACCAAAUCCCCAUUUCCUUGAAAAUGCUGCAAUGCCGAUGAAAUGUUCCUCUUCAGAUGGAGAGAGCAGCACACCAUCUCCUUUGCCAAAUGAAUUAGAUGGACAGAACUCACCUUCCAGGUCUACAGCAAAGAAGACAUUUACCAAAAAGUACAGUACAGCUUUAAUCGACCCAAACACUGAAACAGAGGACACUGAAUCUUCAUGUUGUAGAAGAAGUCCUUGUAGGGGAAAAAGUGCUUUCAAAAAACUGAAUCAAAUAGACAGUGAUGUGGAAGAACCUAACACUGUGGAAUCAGCAUGCCAUAAACUAGACCAUAGAACUCUGGAUGAAAACGGUAUACAGGGUGAAUUCACAGCUGCUAGCCAAUCUAUGGAUGGAUUGCACAAAAUCAGACUAAACUAUAGUGAAGACUCAGCUGAUGGCAGUAAACUAAAUGAAGAUGAGCUUAUAGAUUUUUCUGAAGACCAAGAUAACCAGGAAGACAGUAGUGAUGAUGGUGGCCUUGUAGAUGAUAACUGUAAUUCAGAAAUGGGACAAUGGUACCUGAAGCCAACUAUCUGCAAACAGCCCUGCAUUUUGCUUAUGGACUCACUGAGAGGCCCUUCCCGGUCAAAUGUUGUGAAAACACUAAGGGAAUAUUUAGAGGUGGAAUGGGAAGUCAGGAAAGGCAGCAAAAGAAGCUUUUCCAAAGAUGUCAUGAAAGGUUCCAACCCAAAAGUGCCACAGCAGAACAACUUCAGUGAUUGUGGAGUGUACAUCCUCCAGUAUGUGGAGAGCUUUUUUGAGAAUCCCAUUUUGAGUUUUGAGCUACCAAUGAACUUAACAGACUGGUUUCCACGCCCAAGAAUGAAAACCAAAAGAGAAGAAAUACGAAAAAUAAUCCUGACGCUUCAGGAACAGCAGAACAAGGACAAGAAGGGACAGAAAGACCCAAAUUCAAUGUUGCAGGAAAAGACAGAACAACUUACCAACAACUCAGACUGAAUGUUGUAUCUGUUGCAUGUUAGCUCCACAAUCAAAACUGAAACCUACAUUUCUGUCUGCCCAAACUAAAGAUUUGGCGUGUUCUCUGUUCAAAGUUACUUGGGAAUGUUUAAUGCCUGUAUAAAUGUGUGUAAUAAAAUGGUUUAAUUCCCAGAAA